GUUCUAUCCCACACCUGGGGCGAAGAAGAGGUGCCAUACCAAGACUACAUUGGAACUCAAUGUCAAGGAAUGAAGAGUUACGACAAAAUCGAUCAGGCCUGUCGCAAAGCUGCCGGACACAGUAUCCUAUGGGCUUGGGCCGAUACAUGCUGUAUUGACAAGAGCAAUAGUGCAGAACUACCUGAAGCCAUCAACUCCAUGUGUCGCUGGUAC